AUGGGAUCUUUGGAGAGUUGGAACGCUGCCUACAAUGAGAUAAAGACAGCGAACUCCCUUGAUGCGACUUACGAAAAGGUGGAGUUCGAAAUAAUGCAGCAUUUGGAAUUGUUGAGGAGGGAUGCGCGCGUGCGCGUGAAGCAGUGGCUGCAGAAAUUCAGGCAGGAGACAGCCAAUGCAGUGUGGAAGCGCAAUCGCAACACCCAUGCUCGCCUGCUGCUGGAGCAGUUGCGAGCUGGCAGGCUGACUCACCCCUUCACCUCAUUGCCCGGCCCAGGCUGCUUGCCAACCCUGGGCCGCUGGACGCUCGCUCCCUUCCUGACUCCCCAGAAAAAGCCAGCCGCCCCCAGGGAGCGUACUGCUGCAGACAUGGCCCUCGCAGCAAGCUGCCCCGCCAAGUUGCAGGCAGCGCUGGAGAGAUGCAGCCCACUCGCAAGCACAUCAGGCAGGGGUGGCUUGGCGUUGGAGGCAUACUGUGGCAGGCACGCGCAGAGGGCGGCUCUGCAGGAGACGAUUAGAAAUUUGCCAAGGCUGGAGGAGCCCUGGCGCAGAUCUGCUAGCCCCAGGGCAGCCCCCAGGGCCGGAUCCUCUUGCAGAGGCCAGCCCACCAGCGGGCACCAGCACAGCGGAGGCGCUGUGCUGGCGGGCACGCACAUGCGCUUCGCGAGCGCCGGCGCGGCUGCGCGUGCGGAUCCGGCCAUAGUGGGGAGAACCGGGGGGGCUGACAGUGGGGACUGGGGGGCCGGCGGUAGGGAGCGGGGGGCCCACAGCACUGUGGCUUUGGAGGCUGCGCUUGGCGCCUGCCGAGAGAAGGCGCUGGAACUGGAGCUGCGGCUGCGCGCCGCCGAGCAGCGCAUUCGGGAGCAGGCGCUGGAAAAGCAACAGCAGGAGAAGAGGAUUGCGAAGAGGGAGGUGGACAAGGUCAUCGACAAGUUUGAGCGCCAGCGAGGCAGAUGGAGCUCGCCCCAGAGAAGAGAGUUUGAGGACAUCACUCAGCAGCUGGGGGACUUCCAGAAGGCAACAGAGCAGCUGAAGAAGCAGAUGAAGCGUGCAGCCGCCUCUGACAGUGCGCAGCUUCUCGAGCAUACCUUCCUCUCCCCUCAGCAGCUCAUGGCGGCUGCAGGGCCCAACAGAGGGUGGCUGGAUGCAGAAGCCCCUCCUCCCACCCUCCUAUCAAGCCAGAGCAGGCUACCAGAAGGACUGCCAGAGACUGUGGCAGCUCAGCAUGCACAGCAGGGGCCCGUUGCAGAAGCAGACAGCGCAUUGGCAGCAGCAGAGAUGAGUAGGGAUGUUCUGGAAAGAGGGGAGUCAGAGCGUUUGCAGCAGCAAGGUAGCAGAGUCCAGAAUGCAUUGCAGGAGGACGAGCUAGCUGAGUUUAGCGCUGAGACGCAAGCGCUGCUGCGGCAGAUCCAUGCAAUCAGCAUCUGA